UUGCAACGAAUAAUAAAAAGAAGGCUUGGCUUAAAACAAUUAUUAAUAAUAUUAAUUAAGCUAUCAGUAUAAGCCAUGGACUUGGACGCCGCCCCUGUAGCGGCAAUAUUGCAGGCUCACGAGGGCAAGCAGCAGCAGGAACAACAAACACCCCCGGCGUCCGCAACCGCUGCGGCGAAUGUGAACGAAAAUGGUGUACAAAAACCAAAAGUAGAUACACCAAAAAAAUCAGAACCUGCGGACGCUAUUGAGACACAUUCCAAUGUUACAGGCGAAAAAGCGCAAAAUGAGACAAGCGUGGAAUCGCCCAUUGAAAAAGUAUUGAUUACAAUAUGCAGCGCCGAUCGCAAAAAUAAAAAGACAUUUAUGUCGUUGCCCAGUAGGAAAGAUGUUAUUGAAAAAGCGCAUAAAUUCGGAUUGUCAGGAAACACAAUUGUAUUGGAAACCAAUGGGUGUGAAAUUUGCGAAGAUGAAGUCCUAGUUUUCGCAGCUAAGGAAAAAAUAUUACUCAUGCUACUAAGCGAAAAUGAUGAGUACGUAAUCCUACCUCCUCCGUCGCCAUUAAAUCGAUCCGAUCGUGCUGGCAGUUCAGUAGAUCCCAGUUUUUAUGCCAACAACAGCUUGGUGUCGAAUGCCAAUGACUCUACAGUUUCAAAUGACGAGACAUUAUCAUUGGCCAGUGCCUCGGCUAGUGGAAGCAAUUCAAAGACGACGGCGCUGUUUAAAGAUUUCUCGAUACCUUGGAACAAGGUACCCAACGAAAUUAUGAAACUUUUACGCAGCAAGAACAGUCUGGGAAAGCGUUUAAAUACGCUCGGCAAUAUUCUGGUGGACGCAUUACGUGAGCGUUCGGCUCACAUACCCACUCGAGUCUUCCGUCAAGUUGCUCAACAGGCGGCUGAAAAGUAUCCUGACUCGUUGUUGGAGAAGGAUCGAGAGGGCCAGCUUAUUGCCACCACGCCACAAUCGCUUAUCUCGAAAAUGAUCAAUCGCAAUAAUGCAUUAAACAGACCGCAGAAACGCCAGAGCUCUGGGAAAUUCGAAAUACAUAUAGCCGCCAAAAAACGAAAAACGAGCAAUGGCAACGGCUUGGUUGCAGCAAAUGGUGAUGUUCAAGCUAUGGCUGUCAAUCGCGAUCUUGACAAUAAAAAGGCACUGCUGAUCUCCAGUUAUCGUGGCAGUGCGACGGUGGAGCCAGCUACAAUUGCGGAAUAUAUGAAGGAAUGCUUUCCAUUGCAGCGAGCCUUCUUCAACAAUAGUGAAAAAAUUCCCGACAUUACGUCCAUUAAAGAUAACUGGCCGUAUAUAUUUAACAAGGAUAUGCUCUACCAGCAUUUUGAGUUGCUCAUGUCCAUUGAUCCGCUUGUGCUGGAGAAAAGAUUCCUUGCAGAAAAAGAGCGAAUCUUCAAGUUUUUUAAAACUUCAAAAAAUAAGAAAAUAAGCGGGCUGGAGGAAAGCAAUGCCAAUGUGGUUCGCGGCAUAGCUUAUUUCUUUAAUGAAGACCCAGAUUACAUAUUUAAGCAGAUGGAUAAAGGCCCACUCGCAAAGGAUACGCUACAGCACGUAAAUCCAACCAAUGCGCCUUGGGUGGCUCUAGUCAAUACUCCACCAACGACUGCCGGCGCUGAAACACAAACAGAUGCAAUGGUUUACAUUGAAGGCCAAAUUAUGGCCACCUUCACCUCCACCACCAUCGAUGCCCUCAUCCCUGACAUCAUUUCUCAAUUGCUAUGCUACUAUUAUACCUUCAAUAUGAUGUAUCCCAAGGAGGCCAAUCAGACUCUCGAAUUUAUUGUCAUCUACUUUCUUCAAAAUGCGCCAGAACAUGCGCGCAACUCGAAGAAGGCCAUUACUAACAACAGUAAAUACAAUCAGCUCAUUGCCAAGCUGGCCAAUGCAAAUGGUUGAGUUUGGCUGACAAGCAGACACACACGCACAGACAACAACAGUAACAAGAACAACAAUUCAAACACUUUAGCAACCGUCGUCGUCUCAUUGUAUUUAGUUAUAUAUUUAUUUGCAGACUUAUGCACUUGUACUCCUAUUCCUAAGUUUUACGAUACAUAAAUUGUGUAGUAUGUUGUGUAUACCA